AUGAUAGUACUUCCCACUUUUGAUUUCCCGCAGCUGGAGGAUGGUCACGAACCACUGACAUUACGGCAACAGCAGCAGCAGCCACCUCGUGGGGAACUGGUUAAUUUGGUCCACGUGUUACCGUUUGGUCUUGCGAUACAGCAACGGGCCCUCCUCACCGCUCGGCUCCUAAUGGAAGAGCGACAAAAACCAUCACGACGGCACGAGGACCCGAAUGCUGCGGGUGCCUCCGAUGGUGAAGACGACAGUGAGGGCGAUGGUGAUGGCAGUGGCGAAUAUGGAAGAGGAGGAGGGGGAAGCUUUCAGCAACAGCAAUCGUACGCAUCGCGACGCAAGAAGUUUGUGAAACUGACAGAAGAGGAUUUGCAGGUUGACUGGUAUGAGAUACUUGGCUUAGAGCAGAGCGGAGGUGCGACCGAUGAACAAAUUCGCACCGCCUACCGACGACGUUGCCUUGAAACACAUCCAGACAAGCAGAAAGAUCGAUCAGAUGCGGCCUUCAAGAAGGUGCAGCGUGCCCUUGACAUCCUCGGUGACCCCGAAACGCGAUUGACAUACGAUUCCUCACGCCCUUUCGAUGACACAAUACCGGCAGAAACUCUACCAACAGGAGCCGACUUCUACGCAAUAUUUGGUCCUGUAUUCGAACGCAACAAAAGGUGGAGCACGGACCCUAGUCUCCCUUCUAUUGGGAAUGACAAAACAAGUUUGGAGGAAGUUAAUAGGUUUUAUGACCGCUGGGUGCGUUUUCAGAGCUGGCGCGACUUCUCACACAUGGUAGAGCUUGAUGAAAUUGAUGAUAGCAUGUGCCGCGAAGAAAAACGGUAUUAUAUGCGUGAAAAUGAGCGGCAACUUAACUGUUUACGCCGUGAGGAGCAACAGCGGUUGCGUACGUUAGUUGAGCGAGCCCGCAAAAAUGAUCCGCGGCUACGGCGCAAGCGUGAGGAGGACGAGGCGAAAAGGCAACGCGAGCAGAAGGAACGGGAGGACCGACGACGUCAAGCGCGUGAGGAGGGGGAGCGGCGGCGUGCAGAGGAAAUGGAGCGCGAGCGUCAGAAACGGGAGGAGGAGAAGCGGAAGAUAACAGACACAAAGAAUGCCAUUCGUCAGGCAAAAGAUGAUCUGAUUGUCUUCCUGGAGGAGCACGGCCUUCUAGACGAGACGGCAACGAACAAACUUUUGCGACAUGCAGUGCGGCGGCCUAACAUAGGGUGGAUAUUUUCGAAAAUUAACACUGCCGAGGAGGCUGCGGGUGUUGUCUCUGAGGUGAAAAACAAGGAUACGACACGCCGCGCGACGAGCACAAAAAGCGGUACGUCCAGCAACGUGGCCUCUCGCACUACCGACGAAAGUGAAGAAGAUACUGAAGUUGAAGCCGUCAUUUGCUUUAACGAACUAGUUGAGGAAAAGGAGCGCCAAAUCGGUCUGACCCGGUAUGGUGAAGCUGUCAAAGCCAGGCCCGAACCCAAACCACAGGAGGCAAAAAAGAAGACCGUUCCUGAAUCAGUGAACAAACACGCAAAGGAGUGGGAUGAGGAGGACUUGACGCGCCUGCAAAAGGCGACGGCCAAGUUUCCCCCGGGUACAGUGGAACGCUGGAGUAAAAUCGCUGAGCAGUUGCGCGGUAAGUUUACCGAGGAAGAGGCAAUGCAGAAGGUGAAUGAAAUAACUGCGGGUCUCCAUCGCAGUGGCGGUCAAACGGGAGUCGCCUCCGCCAAGCAACCGACGAGUGCAGUUGAGGGAAACGGUGCAACCGCAGCAGCGGCGCCAUCAGCAGGAGGGGCCAACUCUCAGGUCGCUUCCGUGGAGGAUUGGACGGUGAAGCAACAAAAGAUGCUGGAGUUGGGUUUACGGGAUUUAAAGGAUUACAAGGAAAAGGAUAAGUUUCAGAAGAUUGCGGCGAUGGUUGAUGGAAAAAAUGCCAGGGAAUGCUUCGAGCGGUUUAAGUAUCUCUGUGCUAUGAAUAAGCGCAAGUAG